UGUGGUCGGCAAAGAGCGAUUGGCUAGAAUGAUGUCAAUCACGAUGAACCAAAACAUUGAUUGGUUGCGCUAGUGCAGUUUAAAGGGUUUGCUUCCAAAAUAUAAUAGAUUGGCAGGGAUGGUCAGAUCCUCGAGGUCUUACCUCAGGAAUAUCAUGAUUCUCUCCACAAAGCCGAGGCUUUUAACAUCGUGGAAUUAACUUUACAUCUACGCAUAUUUUAAAUUUGGUAAGAUUGUUCCAAGUGACUCCCUGGAAGUGCCAAACGAAGCUGCCAUGUCUGUGACUGUUCACGAGAAUCGUAAAUCCCGCACCAGCACAGGCUCUAUGAACAUCUCACUGUUCCAUAAGCCUUCGCAUCCUGACAGUGUCCUGACCCACCUCAACACAAUGAGGAAACAGUGCAUGUUCACUGAUGUCACGCUAUGGGCUGGGGACCACUCCUUCCCAUGCCACAGGGCUGUCUUGGCAGCGUGUAGCUGUUAUUUCGAGGCAAUGUUCAGUGGAGGGCUACGAGAGAGUCUUGACAGAGAUGUCAAUUUCAGAGACAGUAUACACCCUGAGGUCUUGGAGCUUCUGCUGGACUUCGCCUAUUCCUCUCGAGUCAUCAUAAAUGAGGAGAAUGCUGAGUCAUUGUUAGAGGCGGGUGACAUGUUGCAGUUUCAUGACAUCCGCGAUGCAGCUGCAGAGUUUUUAGAAAAAAACCUGCACGCAUCCAACUGCCUUGGGAUGAUGCUGUUGUCAGAUGCUCAUCAGUGUAAAAGACUAUAUGAACUGUCGUGGAGGAUGUGUCUGUUGCACUAUGAGACGGUUAGAGAUUCAGAGGACUUCUAUAUUCUGUCCAAAGAUAAACUGUUGGAGCUGAUACUUAGCGAUGAAUUGGAGAUAGAAGAUGAACAGGUUGUGUUUAACUCUGUGAUGCGGUGGGUUCGGAAUGACUUGGAGGGUCGGCGUCACCAUUUACCAGAGCUGCUGAGGGGAAUCAGAUUAGCUCUAUUGCCAUCUGAAUGUCUGAUGGAGGCUGUAGCCUGUGAAGAGCUGGUUAUGGCUGACAAGAGGAGCAGGUCAAUAGUAGAAGAAGCCAUGCAGUGUAAGAAGAAAAUCCUUCAGAAUGACGGUGUAGUAACCAGUUCCUGUGCAAGGCCACGUAAGGCAGGACACACACUGCUUAUCCUGGGAGGCCAGACCUUCAUGUGUGACAAGAUAUACCAGGUUGAUCACAAAGCCAAGGAGAUCAUACCUAAGGCAGACCUCCCCAGCCCCAGGAAGGAGUUCAGUGCGUGUGCCAUUGGUUGCAAAGUUUAUGUGACUGGAGGAAGAGGGUCAGAGAACGGAGUCUCUAAAGAUGUAUGGAUCUAUGACACUGUCCAUGAAGAGUGGUCUAAAGGAGCACCCAUGCUAAUAGCCAGGUUUGGCCAUGGUUCAGCUGAGCUGGAAAAUAGUCUCUAUGUUGUUGGAGGUCACACAGCCAUAGCCGGGGUUUUUCCUGCCUCACCAUCCAUCUCCCUAAAACAGGUGGAACGAUAUGACCCUCUCAUUAAUAAAUGGACCAUGAUGGCUCCUUUAAGAGAUGGAGUCAGUAAUGCAGCCGUGGUCAGUGCCAAACUGAAACUCUUUGUUUUUGGAGGAACCACCAUACACAGAGACAAGGCCUCCAAGGUCCAAUGCUAUGACCCCCUGGGUAAUCGCUGGAAUAUUGCAGCUGAAUGCCCCCAACCUUGGCGCUACACAGCGGCUGCUGUCUUAGGGAGCCAGAUCUUCAUCAUGGGUGGCGACACGGAAUUUACGGCUGCCUCUGCUUAUCGUUAUGACUGUGAAACCAAUCAGUGGACACGAGUGGGCGAUAUGACCUCCAAACGAAUGAGCUGCCAUGCUGUGGCCUCAGGAAACAAGCUGUACGUGGUAGGAGGUUAUUUUGGGACACAGCGGUGUAAAACAUUGGACUGUUACGACCCAACAUCAGACACUUGGAACUCCAUCACUACUGUGCCUUAUUCACUGAUCCCCACUGCCUUUGUCAGCACGUGGAAACAUCUACCUGCCUAACUUGGAGACACGAGAAGCCAGUCCUUCCAGGUACAUUUUGAAGGACAGACAACCAUUAUAUAAUGGUGCUUGAAAGAUUCUGAAACCCUUUAGAAUUUACUAUAUUUCUGCAUAAAUAUAACCUUAAAACAACAUCAGAUUUACUAAAAGUAGAUAAAGAGAAAAAAAAACAAAAGCUUCAACUCUGGGAUGUUGGUGGCUUUCCUGCUCACUUCAGGUCCUUCCAGACCAUUUUGAUUGGAUUCAGGUCAGGACGUUGACUUAGCCAACAUUAACUUUAUUCUUCUGUAACCAUUCUUUAGUAGGACAACUUGUGUGCUUAGGGUCAUUGUCUUGCUGCAUGACCCUUGAGAUUCAGUGCACAGAAAGAUGUCCUGAGGUUUUCCUUUAGAAAUUGCUGGUAUAAUUCAGAGUUCAAUGUUUCAUCAAUGAUGGCAAGCCAUCCUGGCCCAGAUGCAGCAAAACAGAGCCAAACCACGAUAAUACUACCAUCAUGCUUCACAGAUGGGACAAGGUUCUUAUGUUGGAAUGCGGUGUUUUCCUUUCUCCAAACAUAACGCUUCUCAUCUAAACCAAAAAGUUCUAUUUUGGUCUUAUCUGUCCACAAAACAUUUUUGAUCCAUGUUAUCUUUAGCAAACUGCAGACAGGCACCAACAUUUAUUUUUCUCCUUGCAACCCUGGUGGUUUUGUAACCUUUUCCAGCCUGAUGAGUACCAAUAAGUCUUAGGUCCUCAGAAAUAUUGUUCGUGCCACGAUACACUUUCACAAACUUGUUGUGAAGAUCAGACUUUGAUAGAUCCCCGUUCUUUAAAUAGAGCAGGGUGCCCAAAGAUUGUCUGGUUGUCAUCCCAUUGAUUGAAAACACCUGACUCUAAUUUCACCUUAAAAUGAACUGCCAAUUAAUCGGGUUCUCUUUAUAUACUUUUAGUAGUUGUGUGAAAAUCAGAUGAUGUUUUAAGUAAUUUAUGCAAAUCUACAAGAAGCACCACUGUAUGUAUUUCAAAUUCUGUGCCAUACAGAUUUACGCAUAUGGUGCCCGCACCCCCAAUGUGACUGCCACCUUGAAGCAAAAGAGGGAAACUAAAUAUCUGGCAUCUUUUAGGUAAUUUAUGGCCCUGUUAGCUGGGACACCUUGCUGGUAAAGCUGGUCAUGGAUGAUGGAUGAUGCACACACAACCCAUGAAUAUUUACUGCAUAUACACAGUGCCAAUGCCACUAUCAGCAUGUGGCUGUCCACAAAAGGGCAUUCAUACAUUAGCCCCUGCAGCCACUGUCACUCUCUCACCUCACUCUACCACUCACUCACUACACAUUACCUUAUUUCUUAAGGGUGCAUGCUGCUCUUUAUAAGUCAAUUCUGACUUUAUAUAUAUAUAUAUAUAUUUAAAAAACACCCUUUACAUAGAAGAUUUUUAUUCAAACAUACUGUUGGAUAUUCAUCCACACCUAAAUAAAUCCUGUUUUGUGUUCUUUAAGUUAUGGUAGGCAUUCAUAUUUUAAAUUAUUAUAAUUAAAACAUUUUAUAACAAUAAACUAAAAUGAUGAGGUUCAGCCAAGUUGAAAUAAAAUGACCAUAUGACUGACAACUGAUUUUGUCCAAACAUAUUUUUAAUUUAAUAAACUCAUUUCAGAAUAAUUCACAUUUAAAAUCACAAUUAUUAUUUUCUUUUUAAAUUCAGCAAUUCACUAAAAUGCAUUUUAACCAUAAAACAGCAUGUGUCAGCUACCCGAGGAUUACUUGAGACUGCAUAUGGAGUCAUUGCAUUUGUUGUUUUGUCACUAUUGAGCUUUACAAAAAUCUAUUGAUUUUGAGAUGUAUGUGAAAGUGACAGCACCCUCUGCAUGAAUUUGAAUAAUGUAAAACAUUUUUACUCAAAGUAAAUACAAAUCAUAAUUAUUUCUAUUUAAGUAUUGAAAUGUCAUUCAUACAAAGGGCAACCUUAAAAGCAGUCCAACAAAGGCCAACAUGAGGGGCUAAAUAAAAAAAAAUUGGAUAUUGGCUUUAAAAUUGUCAGAUUUAUAGUGUAGUGUCUGUUUAUUCAAAUAACAUUUUGCUAGGCGUGCAUCAAUUACAUGAUAUGCAAUAAGGUAAUAAAAAAGAAACGUGCUCCUCAUUUCUGUGGGCAGACCUGUGUGACAGGACUUGAUGUGACAGGGCCUGACAGUCAGCCAUUUAGACUUCCAGUGCUCAGCCUACUGGUAUGCUAUGAUCAAGAUGGACAGAAAAAAUGGGAAUAGUUGUAAAGUGCAUUUAUAUAUAGAAGUGAUGUAUAAUUUAAUGUUUUUAAUCAAACAAUGUGAAUGAUAACAACUUUAAAUAUGUCAUUAAUAGUGUUGUUUUCCUCAGUGACAGCUUUUAGCAUAACAAAACUAUGAAAGCUUUAACUCACAUUUGGCUGGGGACAGGCCAUUUUUCAGGAUUUGUAAUUUUCUUCUCUGUUUUUAUAAAAAAAAAAAAAAAAAAAACAAACAUCUGAGAACCUGAUGAGUGACAUAUUUCUGAACAGACAACUCACUUAAAUCAACUAUCCAAUCAGUUUUAGACAUUUAAUUCAACAAGUUUUAUUCAUUGUAACACUUCCAGUUUCUAUAUUUAUGAUUCACGUUUUGUAUUGUGACAUUCCUGAGGUGGGUAAUACAAAUAAAGGUACAGUUUUUAUACUGUAUACUUGUGCAGUCUAAUUAGAUUUAAUAAUUAUGAAUAUGCACUGAUCAAGAAAAAAAAAAUGAUGCAGUAUCUUGAAAUACAUCAAGAUGCAUAGAGCAUUGUUGUGCAUUCAAAUUGUUGAGUUUGAAUCAAUUCUUAAAGGCAGUGAAGAUUCACACACCUGCUACAUGUACCAGAAUGCAUUGCACGCAAUAUCUUGCCUUUCCUCACCUACAAAUACAACCCAAACUUGCCCAGCGCAUGGAGAUGUGCAUUUGACAUAAGUAAUUGUAUUAACAGUAAAUGUGAAGAUGAAAUGAUCUCUCUGUUAAACUAGAACAUCUUAAUUUUUUUAUUGGUAUAUUUCAUAUUUUAUUUUUAUAUAGUGUGGUAUAACUCACAUAGUUAAUUCCACAUUCUUUAGUUCUUAGCCAUUAUUACUGCAUUUAGAGUAUUCAUCGGGGACCAGUGAGAAAAUGAAAAGUAUGAAAAAACAAUGUCGUUGAUAAAAAUGUUUUUGUUUGUGA